UUCGGAUGAUGGUGUUUUCACCCUUUUAGAAGGUAGUGGUAAUACCGAUUCAAUGGGUGAUUCAAUGGGUGAUUUUCUUUUUACCCUUACAGGAGGUUGUGAUAAUACCGAAUCAGCAAUUG